AAAAAGGAUAAUAAAAGGAGGAGGAGGAAAAACGCCGAAGCCCAAAAACCAGAGGAAUUUUGAUUUUGUAGGGUUUCAUUUCGUUUGAUGAACCGCAGCGAUUGCGAUCGCCGUUUCGCGACACACAGAGAGUCGCUCUGCAAUUGGAUCGCGUAAAAUCUGUACGAUUAGGGUUAUAAAAAGAGGGAUUUUUGACGCCGACGACGCAGUAGGAACUAGGGUUCGGAAUCUGAGAGCAGUAGCGUUUUUAGAUUUCGAUUGAGACCCGAAAUUGAUGAGUUGAAUUUGAAACCGUGAGUAAAACUGGGAAUUGAAGCUGGAAAAGAAGGGUUCUUGGGAUAAUGUUUAACAUGCGGGGAUUGAAGAAUUCGAAAAGGGUUUCUUGGGCUUCAGAUGUUAACCUUUGUCAGGUAAAGCUGUUUCUCUUGGAGGAAUCUCCUUCACAGGUUGGGCUGAGCGCUCAAGAUCACCUCCAAGCGAAGCCAUCUUGGCCGUCACAUUCAUCUGGAACAGGCUCAGAUGACACUCUACCCCCUGGGUUUGAGGGACCGCAUCCAGCGAAUCAGCCUCAGAUUGACUUGUCUCAAAUUCUUCUAAUCAAAUGGAGAUGCCCUCCUAAGGUUGUGCUGAACUUCGCUUGGCAAGUGGUUUCUGGGGAAGAAAGCAAAGAGGUGGAGAUUCAAAAUCAGAGAGAGAUAAGAGUACUGGAAGCGGUUUAUCCACGGCCAUCUGCCAUUCCUUUAAACCCCUCUGUUUUGGCAGAUGUUGAAGACUCUAGUCAUACUGGUGGGCAACCUCUUAUCAUACCUAUUACCCCCAUUGAAGACGAAGAUGCCAGUGUUGAAACAUCAUCUGAAUCCAUGGUACCGUUUAACAAUUCCACAAGCUCACAGCCCUUUCUAUCAGUUCAGGGAAUAUUGGCUCCAUCUCAAAACAAUAUUCCUAACAAUGGAAACCACAUUAAGCCUGCAACACUUGGAAUGCCUGUUGCAGCAGAACCUGAUGUUGUAGCUGCUGCCCUUGGUGCAAUUGUGAAUAGCAACGAGCACGGAAAUAUGAUUGACCAUGAAUUGCUGAUUAAGAUUCUCAGCAACCCGAAAAUGAUUGAGCAAUUGGUUACAGAUCCACAACCAAUGACAAGGCCACCUCCAAUGGGCAUAUCAGAUCCAUCUCACAUGAUCAGGACAGAAAUCAACACACCUUCAUCAAGCGGACAUUUCUAUCCUCAACCAAAUAUGGGACCUUUUCCUGAUGCACGACCACCUCCGCCUGCAGGAAUUCCAGUUCAUUCUUCGCCUUCUGUUGGACCACCUCCACCAGCAAAGGACAUCAACUAUUAUAAAAGCUUGAUUCAACAACAUGGAGGAGACCGGCAUGACAACUUUCCACCAUUUGGUAAUCGACACAGUGACCAUUCAGCGGUAAACCAAGAAUCCAAUAAUAACUACAAAUCGAGAGAUUCAAAGCCCAAGAACAUGAAGCCUUGCAUAUUCUUCAACAGUUCAAGGGGAUGCAACAAAGGAGCAAAUUGCACGUUCCAGCAUGAUGCAUCGUCCCAGCCAAGAGGUAGUAGUGUGUCGGAGGUGCACAAGGCAAAGAGAAUGAAACUGGAUAGGGAGAUCAGCAGUUAAUGUAGCUACUACUUCCUGCAUGUACAUCUUUCAAUUGGGGAGCCUCCUAGUGUGGCUCAAAAUUGCCUUUGAGCUAGAUUUUGUCAACAUUUGUUUAAUUUGUUGUUUUACUCACCCUAAGAGUUUUCCCCAUGGAAGCCUACAUGUCAUGAUCUGUUGCGGCAACUUCUUUCUGCAUAUACUAAGUGUUCAACGGAACUUCAACCCUUGCUGUAUCAGUUGUGGCCAAAAUUUUUUGUAGAAUAUAUUGAAAUUUCUAAAUCUCUGUAUACUUUUCGGUUUCUGUUCAAUCUUUUUUCUUCUUCA